AAAAAUUUCGAUAAAUGAAUUAAAGUGAAAAAGAGAUUGAAGAGGAACAAUUUAAAAAAGAAUUUGAAGAAAGAGUAGAGAAGAGAAAAGCAUGGUUGAUGGAAUAAUUAAAAAGUUGUGGUAAAUUUUUAGACGUAAGUGCAAAUAAAUUAGAUGAUCUAGAUGCUUUGACUGUAUGAUCUUUAUUUAAAUUAGAUUGCUCUCUAUCUCCAUGAAUGCCAAAUAGAAUUAACCUUAUUUCAUAUAGCAACAAAUUCCAUUACAGAUCGUGGAUUUAUUGAUAUGUUAACAGGAUUAUAAUGGCAUGAUAAAUUAAAAGAAAUUUAUAUUGGUAAUAAUUAAAUUAGUGAAGUAAGUCAUAUUAUUGAUAAAAGAUUGGUGUUCAAGGAUUUAUUGAAAUAUCUAGUAGUUUCAAAUAAUUAAAAAUACUUAGCAUGAGUAGUUGUUCAAUAGAUGAUAAUACAUUUAUAUAACUUUGUUAUGCACUUCCUGAAUUAAAGAAUUUACAAUAAUUAUAAGUACCUGCAAACAACAUUUCUGAUUUUGGUAUUUAUAUUUGAUUGAAAAAUAGGAUUGAUAUGUUUCUCAACUUUAUUAGCUACUAAUUGCCUUCCAAAUUUAACUGUUCUUCAUUUUGGAAAUAAUCCUUUGACUUCUAAAUCGUUAGUACCAUUAUUUUAGGCUUUAAAAAAAAAUAAAACAAUAAAAAUCUUAUAUCUUAAUGAUAUUGGAAUGGAUUUGUAAACUAUAAAAUAAAUGGCAAUAUGUUUGAAAAAGAACAAAUAUUUAGAAGAAUUAAAUUUAGGGAAUACAGGAUUUUCUAAUGCAGCAGCUUAGAUUUUAUGGCCAAACCUAAAGUAUUUAAAAACAUUGCGUUUAUGGAAUAAUCAUCUCACAGAUAAAGCAAUAUUUGAAUUUAUAAAUGUAUUGGAGAAAGAAGAAUUACGUUUAAGUUAUUUGGGAUUAUAGGAUAAUGAAAUAGAAGAAGUAGAUCUUAUUGAAGAUUUGAAUGGUUUAUUAAAGUAGAAUGAAUUGAUUGAUUAAUUAACUGAAUAGAUAGAAAAUGAUGUUGAGGAAGAAAAUGAGAAGAAAUAAAUAUCAAAAAUGAUAGAGUUGAAUAAAUUUGAGGAGAUAGAGGAAAAAUUAGAAGAACUUGAUAAAUUGAGUACAUAAUAGGUUUAAGAUGAAGAAGAGAUUAAUGAAUUGUAAGGGAUUUUGAAAACAAAAAAAGAUGCAUAAGAGUAGUGUUGAAUAU